UCACUCACUGCCUAUAAAUAGGCAAGCUCCGGUUCAUUUUUGAAUCAAUCAAAAUCCAUAGAAAACUCAAGUGAGUGAAGUAAGAGUGAGAGUGAGAGCUAAACCAAGUGAGCCAAAGUUCCCUUUGUAAACAGACGUGUAAGCCAAAGGUGCUACACCAAACCUCUUGUAACAUUUCCAAUUUCAAUUAAUCAAAGCCUCACUUUACUUGAACCAAUCCUCUUUCAAUUGAAUCAUUUCCAUAAACCCAUCACACUUACGCAUUGCGCCAACAUUACUAGCUAAGCUUAUAAACUCAUUGAAACUCAUCUCUGAAUCAUCCAAAAUCUUCCUCCUCUUGAACUCAAUAGUCUCAAUGUCUAAUCUCUCCUCUUUUACUUCAGCUGCUACCCUUGCGAUCUGUUUCUCUAAAUCCACCAAAAGACAUUCCUUUUCUUCAACAGCCACCUUCUCUUCUUCGGCUUUUGAUUUUAAUUAAAAGACUGAACCUUUCUCUUAUUUUAGUUAGAUCAUAACCCUUAAAGUCUCUUAGAAAACUCUGUUCCUCACUAAGAAAAGUAGUAGAAUCAACCAUGUUAUUGAAUUUGAUAACAAGGUUCAUGAAGGCUACAUCCAAUCCCAGUUUUAUUCCUUGAAAGAUUGUUGCUAAUCAACAUUAGCUUAAGAAAAACAUUAGCAUAUCCAGCGGUGCCGUGUCCUCUUAGCAAAAACGUAGUAGUGGGCUUCAACUACAGCAAAAGAAUGUGCUUGCAGUUGCCGACCUCUACAAUCAAAAUCAUGCUAGGACUAGGAGUGAGUGGUCUUCAACAUUCUCCUUGCAAGAAGACUAGUCGUUCGGAAAGUAUCUUAAACUUUGAGUCAGCAAAAAGGAAUCAGAAAGCAAUGACUCACACUACCACUUUCUUGACACUUUAAUCACAUUCAAAAGUUGUUACUUUUCUCGGAAUUUCCUGCGAAAGUGAGAUUCAAACUCCAUUUUUAAACUGAUAGAUGGGUUCUUGAAGAGAAAUCAUAGAAGCAAAAAAAAAAAAAAACACAAUGGAAGAAGAGUUCUCAUACUUGAUAGUAUUAGCAGAUAGAAUUCGAGAUGCAGUAAAAGAAUCCGAAUCAUUCAAGCUUGAAUGUUCACAAGUAAGUAAACAAGUUAAUCAUUUAUCUCUAAUGUUUCGUUCCGUCAUUAGAUUAUCAACAAACACAACUGUUACUACAAAUACUAGUAGUACUAAUCAUUAUCAAUCUUCAUUUUACGAGCGUCCAGUUCGUCGUAUAAUCUCAGAAGUGUCAAAAGCUUUAGAGAAAACAUUGACACUGGUAAGAAAAUGUCGCCAAGGAAAUUGUUUCUUUCAUUUUCUUACGAUUACGAUAACAUCAGCGGCUGAUUUCCGCAAAAUAUUUAUUCUUUUAGAUACUUCGAUUGGUGAUUUAGAAUGGGUGUUGAGUGUGUAUGAUGUCAACUCACUUGAAUCGAAUGGUAUUCUUCUUUCAUUGCCUCCUAUUGCUUGUAAUGAUCCGAUUUUAUCAUGGGUAUGGUCUUUUAUUGCUGUUUUGCACAUGCCUUCUUUGUCUCAUCGUAUCGAAGCUGCCAAUGAACUUGCUUCUCUCACAAAGGAUAAUCACCGGAACAAGAAGAUUAUUGUUGAAGAAGGAGGCAUACCGCCACUGCUUAGAUUGUUAAAACAAGGGUCUUCCUCGCCUGAAUCUCAGAUUGCUGCUUCUAAUGCUUUAUCUUAUUUAGCUACCGAUCGACAGAGGAUUAGAACUAUUCUGUCUGAACAUGGUGCUCCUAUAAUUGUUCAAGUGCUUCAUGAGUCUAUUAUGAGUGUUCAGAUCAGUGUUGCUAAUUUGGUCUCGAGAAUGGCGAAAAAUGAUCCUGCUGCGCAGGAGGAAUUCGCUAGAGAAAAUAUCAUUAGGCCGCUUGUUUCUGUGCUUUCUUUUGAUACUUUUCUGGAUGAACCCAAGCCUCAACCUCAGAGGCCUACUAGUUUUCAUUCCCUGGUUAGGAUUAAUAAGGAUUUACAAGGAGGGAAAUCCAAUGUGGGUAUUCGCGGUAGCAGUAUGCAUAAUAAAUAUGAGAGGGAGAAUGAAAAUCCUGAUGUGAAACUCGAGCUGAAGACUAAAUGUUCUGAAGCAUUAUGGAUGUUGUCAAAAGAGAGUACAUCAAAUAGCAGGAGAAUUACGGAGACGAAGGGACUGCUCUGUUUGGCAAAGAUAAUUGAGAAAGAAAGAGAUGAACUGCAAAUGAAUUGCUUAAUGACAGUAAUGGAGAUCACAUCCGCAGCAGAAGCAAAUGCAGACCUAAGGCGAGCAGCCUUCAAGACCAAUUCCCCAGCUUCAAAGGCAGUUACGGAACAGCUUCUGGCAUUAGUUCAUCAGGAAACUAGUCCGUCGUUGCAAAUUCCUGCGAUAAAAUCAAUUGGAUCGUUGGCGCGAACCUUCCACGCUAGAGAGACCCGAGUUAUAAAACCCGUCGUGCUUCAGCUGGGUAACAAGAACCUGGAUGUUGCAACAGAAGCUGCAAUUGCCUUGGGAAAAUUUGCUUGCCCGGAGAAUUUCCUCUGCGUAGAGCAUUCUAAGACGAUCAUCGAGUAUGGUGGUGUGACGCCUUUGCUGAGACUAUUGAGGCCUGGCAACGACCGAGCGCAGAUGCAUGGUUUAAUUCUGUUGUGUUACUUGGCACUGAACGUGGACAGCGGUGAGGGUCUUGAGAGAGCACGGUCAGCGCUGGAAGGCGCAGCUCGCUCCUCUGUACUGAUGCAAAACUGCCCAUCUCUAAGAAAUUUGAUUCCAAACGCCAUUUCCCAUCUUGCGGUGUAUGAGACUGGAGUUUAUACUCUCAUGCAAUCUUAUACCAUUUGAAACUUCAAAACUGGGCAAGUUAUGCAAAAAGCAUAAUAAGCUUAUUACUAUUCAUUUCAUUGCAAAGCAUAUUUACAGACACUUUGUUUAUCUUAUGACAAGAAUUGAUCUAUAAAGUAAUCAAAUUAAAA